UAGAAAAAGAGACAGAGCCGUAGCUUAAGUUGUCGUCGUCGUGUUGAUUGAUAAGACGCUUUUGAGCUUUGCGUUUUAGUUUGAUAACGACGCUCAGACGACGCAGUACGCUACCAUGAGAGAUCUUGCCGCUUUUGUCUAUUUGGCUGUUAUUGUUGUAGUGACGCUGCCGGCGAUCAACGCUGGCGGCUACGAGGCUUUAAGCUUCAAUACACCCUUGGCGCAUCAGAUUAUGCGCGAGGCCAAGUCCGCCGGCAUGCGCGCGUAUUUAAACAGCAGCGUGCGCCCUUGUGAUGAUUUCUACGCCUACGCCUGUGGCAACUAUGCACGCAUCAAUCCGGCCACAGAGCAGAGCACCAGCACGGAUCUGUUUACCACACUGAAUGGCGGCUAUCAGCGGCAUGUGCGUCAACUGCUGCGGCAGCCCAAGUUGACCAGCGAUAGUGGCACCGAAAUGCGCGUUAAGUACUUCUAUGACUCCUGCUUGAACAGAACUAUGUGGCAACAACGCGCGCAAUUGCUGCAGCUGUUCAAGGAGCUGGGCGGACUGCCAGCGCUAGAGGGCAGCGCCUGGGAUGAGUUCAGCUUUGAUGCUGUUGAGCUUAUGGCGCAGCUGCUGCGACGCUUUGGCAAAAUCACUUUGCUUAAUGUAAAAGUGGCGCCAGGUAUCGCCUACAGUCAAACGAAUCGCUUGUAUUUCGGUCAACAUACUGAUCCGCUGGGUGAGCAGGCCUCACCCUGGGCGCAACUGCUGAGCGACGAUUUGUUGUUGCAGCGUAAUCUGCAGCAGCUGCUGGGACUAAGCGCGGAGAUUGCACACAGCACUGCAGUGGAGCUAAUCAAGCUGCAGCUGAAACUGCUACGCAGCAAAGGAGAGCCAUCAGAGCAUGUGCCGCGCCUGGUUAUGCUGUCCGAAUUGGAUACACCUGGCUUGAAUCUAACGCGCUUCGUGCGCAGCUGGCUGGGGCUUAACUAUCAGCUGCCCGUUUAUGAAUAUGUGCCGAGCUAUCUGCGGCAGUUGCAGCAGCUGCUGGCCAGCACACCGAAGCGUGUGUUGGCCAACUACAUGCUGAGCACACUGCUCAAUGAUUUUAUGCUGGAGCAGGUCGCCACUGAGGAGCAACAGCAGCAGCUGUGUGCGCGCAAAACCUCCGAACUGUUUGAAACUUAUGUGCAGCACAUGGUCUAUGCUGAGUUGGCGCUACAAAAUCCACAAAUACCAGGCAUGCUGCGUGGGCUGUGGCAGGAACAAAAGCUUGCAUUUGAGCAGCUGUUGCGGCACAGCUGGCUGGAUGCGUCGACGCUGGAGCAGGCGUUAGCUAAGCUCAAGGCCAUGAGCUUUUAUAUCAUGGGCACAGAAGCACAGGAGCUGGAACAGCAUUAUGAUGAGCUGGUCAUAAGCAGCGCGGACUACUUUGGCAAUGUGCAACGCAUACUGGAGCUGCGUGGCCAACAGCUGCGUCUGCGACUGCAGCUGGUUCCGAAUCCGAAACUAUAUGAAGGCAUGCCCAUGUCGCCGUUCUAUGUGCCCGCAUACAAUCGUGUAUUUAUACCAGCCAGCUUUCUACAGCAUCGUUACUUCUGGGAUGAAGCGUAUCCAAUGGCGCUGAAGUACGCUACAGUUGGGUACUCCUUGGCGCAAGAGUUGGCGCAUGGAUUCGACGACUAUUCACGUAGAUUUGAUGAGCAGGGCAGUUUGCGUAAUUGGUGGCAACAGAAUGCCACGGCGGAGUUUGAGCAGCGUAGGCAAUGUCUGCUGGCGCAGUUUAGUGAGGGCCCAACCAUGCCGGAUGAGAACAUAGCAGCCAAUGUGGGCGUGGCUAUUGCAUUUCAAGCCUACUCCAACUGGCUGCAGCAGCAAACGUCUGAGCUGGAGUUGGAGUCGCUGCCACGCAUGUCGCACUCACCACAGCAGCUUUUCUUUUUGGGUCUGGCGCAGCUUUGGUGCUCGGAUUUGUUGCCACAGCUGCGUAAAUUGUUGGACAGCAACGUUGCGUACACGCCUCAUGAGCAGCGUUUGCAGUCCAUGUUGGCCAAUUCGUUGGCCUUCGCCGAGACCUACGCGUGUGAACAGAACUCUCGCAUGAAUCCAACACACAAGUGCCUUAUCUUUUAGUCGAGCUGAUUAGCGCGUACUUGAAAUAAAUGCGCGCUCUUUGCUCGCCGCUCUAGUGUUUAUUUUUAGUUUAGAUUUAGAUU